AUGAAGCUUCUCACGCUCCUUGCCCUCGCGGCUACGGCCACGAGCCACGCCAUCUUCCAAAAGGUCUCCGUCAACGGCGUUGACCAGGGCCAGCUCAAGGGCGUGCGCGCCCCCUCGAGCAACAACCCGGUCCAGAACGUCAACGACGCCGACUUUGCCUGCAACAAGAACAUCCAGUACAAGGACAACAACAUCCUCACCGUGCCCGCCGGCGCCCGCGUCGGCGCCUGGUGGGGCCACGUCAUCGGCGGACCCCAGGGCUCCAACGAUCCCGACCACCCCAUCGCCGCCUCCCACAAGGGCCCCAUCAUGGUCUACCUCGCCAAGGUCGCCAACGCGGCCUCGGCCUCGUCGACGGGCCUGCAGUGGUUCAAAGUCGCCGAGAACGGUCUCAGCGGCGGCAAGUGGGCUGUCGACACGAUGAUCUCCAACGGUGGCUGGUACUACUUUGACCUGCCGACCUGUGUUGCGCCUGGCGACUACCUCAUGCGUGUUGAGCUGCUGGCCCUGCACGGCGCAAGCGUUCGCGGCGAGGCCCAGUUCUACUUUGAGUGUGCCCAGAUCCGCGUCACCGGCUCGGGUAGCAACACGGGUUCCAACUUUGUAUCCUUCCCCGGCGCCUACUCGGCCACGGACCCCGGUGUCCUCAUCUCCAUCUACGGCAACACUGGCCAGCCCGACAACGGCGGUCGCACCUACGCCAUCCCCGGCCCCAGGCCCAUCACCUGCUCCGGCAGCCCGCCGCCCAGCAGUCCGCCCCCCUCGACGCCUCCUCCUUCGACCCCGCCCCCAAGCUCGCCUCCUCCUUCGUCCGGCGGCGGCGGCUCGGCCCAGCUCUGGGGACAGUGCGGCGGUAUCGGCUGGACGGGACCUACGACUUGCGCGUCGGGCACGUGCAAGGUUUCGAGCGAGUACUACAGCCAGUGCCUGCCCUGA